CGCCCACCGAGGACGCCUCGGACAGUCCACGGGUACCCAGGCUGCAGACCGCUCGCUGGGCGCCUUUGUGCGGUUCUGGUCACUCCGAGUGGAGCCAGAAAACCUGAAAGUCAGUGAUGGCCACGAAACCCAAGCUCCACUAUCCCAACGGACGAGGCCGGAUGGAAUCCGUGCGAUGGGUGUUAGCUGCUGCCGGAGUCGAGUUUGAUGAAGAAUUUUUAGAAACAAAAGAACAGUUGCAGAAGUUGCAGGAUGGUAACCACCUGCUGUUCCAGCAAGUGCCAAUGGUUGAAAUUGAUGGGAUGAAGCUGGUGCAGACCCGGAGCAUCCUCCACUACAUCGCAGACAAGCACCAUCUCUUCGGCAAAGACCUCAAGGAGAGAACCCUGAUUGACAUGUAUGUGGAGGGGACCCUGGAUCUUCUGGAACUGCUUAUCUUGCAUCCUUUCCUCAAACCAGACGAUCAGCAAAAGGAAGUGGCUAACAUGGCCCAGAAGGCUAUAAUUAGAUACUUUCCUGUGUUCGAAAAGGUUUUACAGGGUCAUGGACAAAGGUUUCUUGUUGGUGAUCAGCUGAGCCUUGCAGAUAUAAUUCUACUCCAGACCAUUUUGGCUCUAGAAGAGAAAAUUCCUAAUAUCCUGUCUGCCUUCCCUCACCUCCAGGAGUACACAGUGAAGAUCAGUAAUAUCCCUACAAUUAAGAAGUUCCUUGAACCUGGCAGCAAGAAGAAACCUCCCCCUGAUGACAUCUACGUGAGAACCGUGUACACUGUCUUCAUGCCGUAGGACAGCAGUACAGCUGUGAGUGACCACCGCCCCUGGAGACUGCUGUGUCCACAGUAGUGUCUUCAUUGAAGCCAGGCUGCCGUGAUCCAGCUCUGUCGUGGUGCUGUGUAUAUUGUUCCUACGUUGGUCUUUCAUGUCCUGAUAUCUCUUUGAGAAACAUCGACCUUUUUUUUUUUGUCCAGUGAGUGAUUGUUACAGGACCUCUUCUGAAAAAAUUCUGGAGAGGUCAGCCUUUAAGUUAUAUCUGUUCUGUCUCUUCAUUUCCUGGUAACAAGGAUGGGUAGGACCUUGUAUCGUCUGUCCCCUGAGCUUUUGUCCUCUCCUUAUCCCAUUCUCAACCCCCUCCAGUCUCUUCCUGUUUUUAGUGUCUAAUAACAAUGGAGUUUACUAGAUAGCAAGUAACUCUCCUCUGAGCUAUAAUAGAUUUGUGGUAGUGAUGAAUGCCUUUGAUAUUCACUAAAAUAAAGGAUUUACAAAUUA